CAAAAAUUUUGGCAAAAAAAAUUCUCCCGAAUCGUAGAAAAGAGACAGUGGCUGUGUUGGAGUCCGGCAACUUGAAUAUUUGAUACCUACCUCACCUCGAUGAGCUCAUCCAGAUUCUCGUACCCAGACGCCGACACGUCCGUAUACUCAUCCGACGGCAUCCACUUUCGGCUACACCGCAUCAACAUCACGCUCAACUCUCAUAUCCCUCUUCAAGACGACCCUCUUCCUGAAUCGUCCAGGAUACUCGAACUUUUACUCCAAUUCCUGUAUAACCAACCACAGCCGGACCUUGCCGAGCUUUACAUUUCCUGUUCUUCUCCCGCUUGCAGAGGCGGCCCACAAGUAUCGAGUCUACGCUGCCAGCAGCUCCUGCAAGAACGCGCUUUGCUCUUUGAUACCUGCUCACUCGCUUCCAAUCCUCAACGCCGCGCUCAAAUGAAAAGGCCGUUCACUCGUGGACGAUGCAGCUAAGCAAACCAUUGCUCUUUCUGCUGAAGAAAUCAUACAGUCACUGGACAGUGCGUAUCUCGCGCCUUGGAUCUUAUAUCACCGCUCCUGG